AGGCCAGGUGCGCGGACCCAGAGAGGCGCGGUGGCCCUGGACCGCCCGCCCCGCGCUCCCCCGGCUAGUUCAAGGCCAUGCCUCCGCUCUGGGCCCUGCUGGCCCUCGGCUGCCUGCGGCUCGGCUUGGGUGUGAACCUCAAGCCCCAGCUGGCCAGUGUGACCUUUGCCACCAACAACCCCACCCUCACCACCGUGGCCUUGGAAAAGCCUCUCUGCGUGUUCGACAGCUUGGCGGCUCUGGAUGGCCCCUGCGAGGUCUACCUCUAUGUCCUGGUUGACUUAGCCAGCUCCAGGAACGCCUCCGUGCAGGACGCCACCGAGACCCCGCUGAGCUCCACCUUCCAGCAAACGGAGGGGGGAAGGACAGGCCCCUAUAAGGCAGCGGCCUUCGACCUGACUCCCUGUGGUGACCUGCCCAGCCUGGAUGCCGUGGGGGAUGUGGCCCGGGCCUCAGAAAUCCUGGACGCCUACCUCGUCAGGGUGGGCGCCAAUGUCACCUGCCUGUCAGACCCCAACUUCCACGGCCUCUGCAACCCGCCCCUGUCGGGGGCCACGGAGUACAGGUGGGCGGUCCCUUUUGUGGUAUCAAGGACCAGGCUGGGAAUAGUGGAAGGCAAACAUUCUACCAGGACAAAUGGGUUCAAGUACGUCCUCCUCAACAUGUCCACGGGCUUGGUUCAGGACCAGACCCUAUGGUCCGACCCCAUCCGCACCAACAGGCUCACCCCCUACUCAGCGAUCGACACGUGGCCGGGCCGGCGGAGCGGGGGCAUGAUCGUCAUCACGUCCAUCCUGGGCUCCCUGCCCUUCUUCCUGCUCCUCGCCUUUGCCGGCGCCAUUGUCCUCAGCCUCCUGGACGUGGGCGGUUCUGAUGGGGAAACCACACACGACUCCCAGAUCACGCAGGAGGCCGUCCCCAAGUCCCUGGGGACCUCGGAGCCCGCAUACACGUCUGUGAACCGGGGGCCGCCGCUGGACAGGGCUGAGGCCUAUGCCACCAAGCUGCAGGACUGAGGCCGGGGGGUGUGCGGGCCGCGGGUGCUCAGGGCCCGACUCUACCCAUGGUGGAACGGGGCGCGGUGGUCCAGCCUGUCGGAAAACUGUUAAUAAAAUCUCCCCACGAGUUUGAGUUCAAAAUGAA